AUAGCGAUAUUUUGAAGUGCCCAUGUGCGCAUGUGGGCCUUGUUUUCAUCUCUAGUUGGUCUUCCGAAACUAUCAAUUAUAUCUUCAAAUACAUUUUCAUAUCUAAGAAAAUCAGCUUUUUGAUGUAGAAAUAACUGCAAUUACAUAGCUUUUAUCGAUAGUUUCUGACUUAUGUACACGUGUUGUUACAUUGCAGAGAUACAAGAACGGAGGUAUAAGAACGGACACAAGGCUCGGAUUGGACCACAAGAUUUUCCAACGUUGCGUUAACAGAAGUAGCUCCUCCCAUCUUUAGUAGGACAACGAAAUUACAGUUUGUGUGUCAACAAGUUAUUAUUAAUAAAUACAUGUAAAGAACAUAGCUAGCAACAACAUAUUUUCUACAUAUGUAUGUUGCAAUAUUCAACAAGUCAGUCUGAAAGUAACGUGUUCUAUUGAUAACCAUCGAGCUUGCCACAGGAAACUAACGUUUGCUGCGUUAAUAGCUAGUUAGCUACUUACAAUAGCUAGCAGUAACGUUAGCAGCUAACGCGUUAGCUAGCUAGCUUGUUUAGAUGUUUAGCCCAGUUGGAUGGAACGUAAACAACAGUUGAAGGGUGUGCUGGAAUAGCAAGUUCCCCCAUAUAUUCCAUCUGCUUCUGUGGGGAAACAGAUCACCAUGAACUGCCGUUCGGAGGCUCUGGAAGUGUCGGUGGAGGGAAGACAGGUCGACGAGGCCAUGUUGGCUCUGUUACACACUAUCUUACUGCAUCGCAGCACUGGGAAAUUUCAUUACAAGAAAGAGGGCACCUACUCCAUUGGCACUGUUGGCACACAGGACAUUGACUGCGACUUCAUUGAUUUCAGUUUUGUUCGUGUUUCUUCAGAUGAGCUUGACAGGGUCAUCAGGAAAGCAGUAGGAGAAUUCAAGGUAGGCUUAUCUGAUGACUGAUUGUUGAAAUUGAUAGAUAUAAUACACUAAAACAUAUAGCUAGAUAACAUAUGAGUUAUGUUCUGUAUAACAAUAAUUGUUAUUUAUUGGCAUCCAUUGACCUCUGGAUCUAUAUUGUGCUUUACAGGAUGCCAUGGGAAAUGGGACAGAUGGAAUGGGACAAAUCUCACUGGAGUUCUACCAGAAAAAAAAGUCCCGGUGGCCUUUCUCCGAUGAGUGUAUUCCCUGGGAGGUCUGGAGCAUUAAGGUCAAUGUCGUCAACCUGGCCAACGAGCAGGAGAGACAGAUCUGCCGGGAGAAAGUGGGCGAGAAGCUGGGUGAGAAGGUGAUCAACAUCGUGGAGGUGAUCAACCGGCACGAGUACCUACCCAAGAUGCCCACCCAGUCGGAAGUGGACAAUGUGUUCGACACCAGCCUCAAAGACGUCCAGCCUUACCUGUACAAAAUCACUUUUCAGAUCACUGAUACGCUGGGCACCUCAGUGAGCACCACCAUGAGAAGGCUAAUAAAAGACACCUUAGCACUGUGAGGGCACCUCAAGAUGAUGUGCAUCUUAAAACAUGGCUGUGGGUAGCCUGGUUCCAAAUCGUUUUGUGCUG